GUUAGAACUUCCAGAGUGGCUUUGCGAUGGCCAUACAGCCCGAGUUUGAGCAAGAGGAUGAAUGGGAAGCUUUUCUGGAGAAGAGUGAUCCAAGGAAGCGUGUCCAGAAGAAGUUUCAGAAUUACUCCUGGAGUUUUGGCAUCGAUGAGGAUGACGACGGCUUUACACGAGACUGCGUCAUCCUCGAGGUGGCCGCCCAGCGAGACACGGAGCCCCGACACGUGCAGGUAAAGCUGUCGUCAAAGCACUUGAGGCUGUCGCUGCAUGGCGACGUGCUGAUUGAUGAUGACUUCAGCGACGAGCGCUGGCUCAGCGUCGAGGACUCCUACUGGGAGCUCGAGACGAAGACCAAUAAAGCCGGUGAGCGGAUCAAGAACAUCAGGUAUCUCCUGUACUUGCGUGCAGAUUGCACGAAGUACAUUACCAAGACUCUCUUUGAGACAGAGAAGAAGGAGCUGCCAGAUCAGGAUGACAGCGAUGACGACACUGCUGACACCAGGAUCAAGAUGAUUGCCAACCUCAAGGAGCCCGAGCCGCGCCGGGAGGCCGACGUCUACUUCUCCGAGGAGGAAGAGUUCUCUGAGUAUGAGUGCGAGGGCUGUGGCUCCAAGAGCGUGAGUGUCAUGAAGAAAGCGGAAGACAGAUGCUUCAAAGUCUAUUGCAAUGAUUGUCCGUACGUCUCCGUUGCAGACAUGAACAAGGAGGCACCUUCGAUCCGACGGCAGCGCGAGAUCGACGAGGCGCGUGCGCGGAAGAAGAAGGAGAAGGAAAAGAAGAAGCUCGCAGAAAAGCUGGCCAUUGAGGACCAGGUGCCCGUUGACCUGGCUGAGCUCGAGGAGGUUGAUUAAGCAUCCGAAACGGAAAAA